AUGAUUCGAAGUCCAGCGGUAAGGAAGGUUGGCUACUGCUUUCUCUUCCUUCUCCUCGCAUCCUGCGUUCAAGAGUCGUCUGCCUCGUUAGGGGACCACCUUCCCGACUUCAAAUCGUGUGUCAAGAUUUGUGAGGCUGAAAACUGUCAGGAUGGGGACUCAGCCAUACGUAUGUUUCUUGUUUCACAAUGGCAAUCAUCAGUUUCGCUACUAGCUUUCCUUCUCCGUCUGAUGCUCUGGACGUGCCCUGCCGAAUGUGACUAUACCUGCCAACAUGUUGUGACAGACCGUCGACUCGCUCGCGAUCCGCCUAUGCUUAGCCCUGUGGUCCAGUUUCAUGGGAAGUGGCCUUUUCGCAGAAUCCUGGGCAUGCAGGAACUGUUUUCGGUCAUCUUCUCUGGCCUUAAUUUCCUUGCUCACUGGUAUGGAAUGGCUCGAUUACGUGAAAUGACUCCCUCAUGGCAUCCUCUCCAGAAAUAUUAUAUCGCGUUUGGAUACAGCGGCCUGGCAGCCUGGACUUUUAGCAUGCUCUUCCACGCUCGAGACUUUCCGUUGACCGAGAAACUGGACUAUUUCGGAGCCGGUGCGAGUGUAUUGUAUGGGCUAUAUCUCGCUACAGUGCGGAUUUUCCGCUUGGAUAAAGAACAACCGAGAUACAGGCCCACGUUGCGGCGUCUGUGGACCACAGUCUGCAUUCUUCUAUACACUAUUCACGUGUGCUAUCUUAGCUUCUGGUCGUGGGAUUAUACGUAUAAUAUGAUUGCAAACAUCGUGGUGGGCAUGAUUCAGAAUACCUUGUGGAUUUGCUUCAGCGUUGUCCGCUACCAAAAAACGGGUAAAACCUGGACCCUUUGGCCAGCACUGAUCGUGGUUUGGAUCAUCUUGGCCAUGAGCCUUGAGCUACUGGACUUCCCGCCGUGGUAUGCGCUCAUUGAUGCGCACAGUUUGUGGCACCUGGGGACUGUUAUUCCAUGCGCUUGGUGGUAUCUAUACCUCGUGAAAGAUAUCCAAGAUGACGUGGCUGGGGAAAGAUUAAAAGCCUAA